UGUUGCCUGUCUGUCACGUGCCUGCUCUCUUUCGGGCACUCUCCGGCACUGGGAAGGGUGCAGCUCUACGGAAUUCACAGGGAAAAUGCGGUGUCAUCCCGGUAUGUUCGCGGAAGAGAAUGUGAAUCGUCUAUAAUGGACUACCAACAUGUUCUGGUCUAUUUCAUGUGGACUUUCACUGCAGUUGUUGCACAGGAUGUGAAAUAUUUCCUGAAGGGUCAGGACAUACACUUAAUGCCAUCCAUCUCUGAACGACCUCUUGUAAUUUUCUGGCAACAUAAUGAAAAAGAUGUGGUAUAUUCUACUGGCACGGAGAAGUAUGUGGCUUCUUCACACAAGAACAGAAUCACUCUGGACCGGGUCUCUGCAGAACUCACCAUCAAAAACGCCACAUAUGAAGACAGUGGAGACUAUCUCCUAGAAAUGAACAUAAACAGCAAGCUGCAUAGUUUCCAGCGUAGAAUUGAAGUUAUAGACAAAGUAUCCAAACCCAACAUAUCCUGUGAGAUGAGCGACACAAAGCAGGCGACACUUGUGUGCUCAACAGAGUCCAAACAUCCUCAUUUAUUAAAGUUGAAGUGGAGCUCACCAGGAAAGGAGCAGACUGGACCAAAUUUAACAAUAACUGUCAGGAAUGAAGAUGAUGAUCAAGUUUAUCGUUGUGAUGUCAGCAACCCUCUGACCAAUGAAACGGCUUCAUUCACCGCUAAGGACUGCUUCCUGGGUAAUUAUAAUCAAUAAUGAUGGCUGUGAAAUGGUGGUUGUACAUGUUUAGAUCUUAUUUUGGAUAUAAUGUACAAUCCCCGUUUCCAUAUGAGUUGGGAAAU